ACACCUUUCGCCUGCUCUCACCUCCGAGCUCAAGAGCAGAAGAAAAUGGCGGCAGAAACGGCGAUUGGGUACGGCGGGGAUGGCGACGCGGCGGAGGUCGGGAUGGAGCGGGAAGCUGCGAUUCAGGCGCUGAACACCAUCAUCCAGCUCCACUUCGAGAAAAUCCUGGAGAAGAAGCGCGACGUGGACGCGCAGAAGAAGGAGCUGUGGCGCCUCUUCCAGCUCUUCUUCCUCUUCCUUGCUGUGGUCCUGACUGCGCAGAUGGGGUCUUCGACCGAACGGCUCCAAUGCCGCCACUGCUGGGCCCCCAUCGUCCUCCUCUCCCUCGGCCACCUCGUCUUCUACGUCGCCGUCGCACAGAUCCUCCGCUGCAUCAACGGGUUCAAGUACCAGCGGCGGUGCCACAAGCUGACCCUCGCACUCGCCACCGACCGCCUCAAGCUCGUCAAGCUACGAUUCGCCGCCUCCUCUGCAUCCGCCGGAGGCAAUCCCCCUCGGCUUCUGCCGGAGGACUUCGAGAUCCAUUACCAGGAGCCGCCGGAGAGCUACCUUGGCAAGUUCAAGCGGAGUUGGGCGAUGCACUUCGGAUUCCUCAUGUGCACAUUUGGAUUCAUGGUGUCGGCCUCCGUUGUGCUGCUCUGCUUCUAGAUUUAGAUCCAGUUAUGGGAGGCACGGUUAAUAUGCUUUAGGAUCUGAUAGACUAAUGUAGUGAUGGAAAGAGUGGAUCCUCUAAUUAUUUCGCCAAACUAGUCAUUAAUCAAUGCCGUGUGUUCGAUUCAUCAAAUGGAGAUUUUAAUGAGCUUGUGUUCGAUUGAUCGCAA